AUGAUCCCCAAGGAGCAGAAGGGGCCAGUGAUGGCUGCCAUGGGGGACCUUGCUGGACCAGUGCCUUCGCUGGACCUGGGCAAGAAGCUGAGCGUGCCCCAGGACCUGAUGAUAGAGGAGCUGUCACUGCACAACAACCGAGGGUCCCUCCUCUUCCAGAAGAGGCAGCGCCGUGUGCAGAAGUUCACCUUCGAGUUGGCAGAAAGCCAGCGGGCGAUGCUGGCUGGAAGCGCCAGGGGCAAGGUGACCCGGGCAGCGGCGCCGGAGCCUGGGACGGUGAGCGUUGCCAAUGGCCCCGAGGGGCAGAGCUACAGCUCGGAGCUCCACAUCUUGCCCGCCUCGUCCGGAGGUCCCGAGGACGCCCGCUUUGCAGCUGCCCCGGCGGAGCGCGCCCGCAGCCCCAGCGCGCUGGCGCCAGGCUACGCUGAGCCACUGAAAGGCGUCCCUCCGGAGAAGUUCAACCACACCGCCAUCCCCAAGGGCUACCGCUGCCCGUGGCAGGAGUUCAUCAGCUACCGGCACUACCAGAGCAACGGCCCAAGUCACACCCCCAGCUCCGCGGACUACCGGAAUUUCAACAAGACCCCGGUGCCGUUCGGAGGACCGUUCGUGGGGGACACCAUUCCCCGGGCAGGCACCCCCUUCAUCCCGGAGCUCUUCAGUGGCUUGGAACUCCUCCGCCUGAGACCCAGCUUCAACAGAGUGGCCCAGGGCUGGGUCCGUAACCUCCCAGAGUCUGAGGAGCUGUAG